GGCCAGCAGAAGAGAUAAGCGAAAUAAUAAGCAACUGAAAGAGCGUUGAAACGAAACUACUACGCUUCCCUCGUCGUGUACUUUGAAAAUUACCGUGUUUUGACGAACUUUGUAGAAUUUGAAAUGUCUUACGCUUACCUUUUCAAAUACAUUAUCAUCGGUGAUACGGGAGUCGGCAAGUCGUGUCUCCUGCUGCAAUUCACAGACAAAAGGUUUCAACCAGUACAUGAUUUGACUAUUGGCGUUGAGUUUGGCGCGCGUAUGAUCACAAUUGAUGGGAAACAGAUUAAGCUGCAGAUUUGGGAUACGGCAGGGCAAGAAGCGUUCCGUUCCAUAACAAGAUCAUAUUAUCGUGGCGCGGCAGGAGCCCUACUCGUCUACGAUAUAACUCGCAGAGAGACUUUUAACCAUUUAACAACAUGGCUAGAAGACGCACGGCAGCAUUCCAAUUCAAACAUGGUUAUAAUGCUGAUUGGAAACAAGAGUGAUCUUGAUUCACGGAGAGAGGUUAAAAGAGAAGAGGGUGAGGCGUUCGCUCGAGAACAUGGUCUUGUAUUCAUGGAAACGAGUGCAAAGACUGCAGCCAACGUCGAAGAGGCAUUUAUCAACACUGCCAAAGAGAUUUAUGAAAAAAUACAAGAAGGUGUCUUUGACAUCAACAAUGAGGCAAACGGCAUCAAAAUUGGACCUCAGCAUUCGCCGACAAGCCCAGGUGGCUUGGCGGGAACUGGAGGUCAGGGUGGCGCUCAAGGUGGUGGAUGUUGCUAGGGGCUGGGGCUUCGCUGCUCCCCGUUUCCCUGCGAACCGAUCUAAAACGAUCCCCCCCCCCCAUCCCGUUCCUGCUCCACAUUUUCAACGAUUUGUAUAUUCAUUUGUAUAUUUGUGUGUACGUCGCGUAUCGAUUCAGUGUAUCGAUGGAUGGGCAGUAAUUGGUAUAAUUUAUAGUUUUCAGAAUCUUAUUCGAUAUUGUAAUAAAUAAGAUUUGUCGCGUGAUUUAUUCAGGGUUGAUAAACAAAAUAGUACAUAAACAGAGAGUAGGCAGUUUUCACUUAACGAGACUCUUAGCGGUACUCCUUUAACGUAUAAAACUUCGUGUGUAAACUUAGAACUUUGACGCUCUGAAUGAAACCGAUGUAUAAGGAAUGACGAGCGACAGCUUGAUUCCCGUGUUUUAAAAUACAUGUAAGACAGAAAAACUCUUUGUAUUCAAUAUUAACAAUAGUGUUAUUGAAUGGCCAGUAUGACCCUCCCGACCCCGCAGGCUCCAUUUGGUGAAAUGAAACGGAAAAAGAAUAAAAUAAAAAAUGCGUAAAAGUUAUUAUUUUACUUGGAGCAGGAAUAUUGGCUUAUACUAAAUCAAUUACCUUAACGCGACAGCAUGUAUAUGGAUGUACUAUUGAUGUACCUAUAUGACGAAUACAAAGAUUAAUUUCAAUUAAACUCCAGUUUGGAGACCUAUGUAACCAAAAUCAAUGUUUUUGUUUACAUAUAGAAUAAUUAAUGGUAACGACUAUCAUCAAUCAGUUUACGUAACUUUCGUUAACGUCUCGAUAGCAAACUGAUGAUAAAAUUUUAGGGGAUAGUAGGAUAACGAGAAUCGUAAAGCACUUGAAACUGUCGGGAAACGGAUGUGUUCCACAACAAUUUACACAACUAUUUGUUGUUCCUUCUCGUUGAUCUUAUGCAUCAAAUACGUCUUCUCCCCUUCUAUUUCUGUAUCAUUUUCCUAUAUUUUACUCAGUACGUCAGCUUGGAUUUUAUACACUUGAAUGGCUUAAAGCAUUUUCGUGAAUUAUUAUGUAAGAGCCUGACGCCGUCUCUGAUCAAUGAAUCGUAAAGUCAACUCCCUCAAUCAAAUCAGACGUUUGUUUUGUCAACAAACAUGUUAAGAAAAACGUUUAAAACUUAUUUUAAUUUAGCAAAACAGUUAGCACACAUGCACCUUCAUCUCAUUACAAUUGUUUUAGUCCUAGUCAAUAUAAAAGUGAAUGUCCGAUUAUCUUAAUCAUGAAAAGAAGAGAAAUGAAGUGAAGGAAAAAGAAAUAUGUAUAUCGCAACAAGCGUAGUGAAGAUUAAACUUGACUCACUUCAUAUUCAACAUUGCAUACAUAAUAAUAUAUACAAAAAUAUUAUAACAUGUAUAAUUUGAAUUGAAAUGAAAUCAUCGGUGAAUUGAGAAUUACGUGUACGAUAAACUGAUAAUUCGUUGUGAUCCGUAAUUUACUUAUCAUUAUUUAAUUAUGAUUAUUGUACUAUCCUUGGAGCUUGGUAAAGUUAGUUUAUGAUAUGUCCAAUUAUUAUAAUAAGGAAAUAUUUUACUUGUACAUCAACUAGCGUUUUAAAUUUUAAUCACGCUUAUGUAUCUUUCUUUUACCAUUCUACUAUAAUAUAUGCUGAUUUUCUGAUUUA